ACUGGGAAACUCAAGGUGGGAGUAACAAAAACAAACAGUCGAGGGAAGGAGUUGUGGGGGGGCGGUUGGCAACAAGAUGGCGGCGGCGCGACGGAACCGUUUAGGGUCUCUCCUCCUGCUGGUCGUUCUGGGCUCUGAGACGGCUUGGGCUGACCUGGAGCCCGCUCCGAAUACCCUCUCGGAAGCUUUUGAGCCGGCGUUGGGAAACACGCUUCUGUGUCAACGGACGUGCCAGAGCACUUAUCCGCUCCAUACCUACCCCAAGGAAGAAGAACUCUAUGCAUGUCAAAGAGGUUGCAGAUUAUUUUCAAUUUGUCAGUUUGUGGAUGAUGGAAUUGAUUUGAACCGGACCAAGAUGGAAUGUGACUCUGCAUGUACUGAGGCAUAUACCUCCCAGUCUGAUGAGCAAUAUGCUUGCCAUCUUGGAUGCCAGAAUCAGUUACCAUAUGCUGAACUGAGACGUGAACAACUCAUGUCCUUAAUGCCAAAAAUUCAUCGACUCUUCCCACUUACCCUUGUAAGAUCCUUCUGGAGUGAUAUGAUGGAAACUGCCCAUAGCUUCAUUACCUCUACCUGGACUUUCUAUCUUCAAGCUGAUGAUGGCAAAAUACUGAUAUUUCAGUCCAAACCAGAUGUUCAGUAUGUACAAAGUCCUGAUCAGGAAAACCAAGAUUUGAAAGCAUCUUCACUAGCUAAGACAUCUUUAGACUUACAUUUGGGAGGACCACAUGCACGUAAAGGAUCUUUUGAUGAGGAUGAAACUGAGAGUUUCUUCAAAUGUAUUUCAAUGAAUUCUGGUUGGAUAUUAACAACCACUCUUCUCCUGUCUAUACUUGUGUUGCUGUGGAUUUGUUGUGCAACUGUUACUACUGCUGUUGAACAGUAUGUUCCAUCUGAGAAGCUGAGUAUCUAUGGAGACUUGGAGUAUAUGAAUGAACAAAAAUUGAAUCAAUAUCCAACUUCUGCUCUUGUAAUAGUAAAAUGUAAAGCUGAUGAACAAGAAGCAGGACCUCUGCCUACAAAAGUUAACUUAACUCAAUCAACAAUAUAAAAUGGAAAAACAGAUUUAUUAAUCUAAUUCUUUGACUUCUGUUAAUUCUGGUAGCUUUUUUAAAUUGAAGAGGCCUUGGAAUAAGUUAGCUAGUGUUUAGAUUCAAACAAAAUUGCAGAAUCAAAGAAGGAAUGGAAUUCAGCCUCUUUCAGCAGUCAAGCAAAUCACAUGGGGUACAAGGAGUUUGUAGCGCAUUUACACUUGUCUAUGUUUUCUUAGAUUACUAAAAGUCCUAAGUAUUUGUCUAUGCAUUGACAUUUGUAUAUUAUGAACAUAUGUCAGAAAAUAUAUUUGGAAUCUGUUUCAAAAAGUGUAAUAACUUUUUGGUAGUCAAAGGCACUUUAAGUUAUCUUAGCUGUGGAUAAAUUAAAUGACUGGAGCAUAGCUUGCAAACUCUUUACCAUUUCAAACAUCUCUUUUUCCACAACUAAAAAUAAAUUUUUGUUAACCUUAUGCCUGUUUCCUCUGUUAAAAUAAUUGUGGGUCAGAAAUAAACUUUAAUAAAAUCCUUCUAGAUA